AUGACAGCUGGCGGGGGCCAGGUUCUCCAUGAUUGCCACGCCGAAGCUUUGUGUCGCAGGGCGUUCCAUCGUUUCCUGCUGGCAGACAUGAUAUGUGCUGCGUGCGGAACGCCAUCCUCAGCAUCUUUGCUUAGGCGAGUGAAGUCCGAGGAGCUCCUCUUUGCUCUUCAAGAUGAUCUGCACUUGCACUUCUACGUAAGCACACUCCCAUGUGGCCAGUGCGCGAUGCUGCCUCUCAGCAACAACAGUGAGGGAAGUCUGGCGCGAAAGCCCCGACAGGAUGCGGAUCCAGCGACCGUGGCGGACCGCAACAGGACCGGGGCCAAGCCAUCUCGCGGGAUGCCCACAGACCCAAAGGCAGUUGGAGCAAACUUCCACCAAGACGGAGUUCUUCGCUACAAAUCCGGACGAAGCGACACUAGGUUACUAGGCAGUACCGCCACUACAGAAUCUCUGACCAUACCAAGAAGCUUGCUGAGGCCAGAGUCAAGGACAGUGUGCUACAGCUGCUCUGACAAAAUCUGUCGCUGGAACCACGUCGGUUGGCAGGGGGCUCUGCUGUCGCGGCUGUUGCAGGCUCCUGUAUACAUGAAGUCCAUCGUGAUCGGAGGUUCCUUGUUCCAAGAAGGCUUUGUGAAGAAUGCUCUCUUUGGGCGUGCCUUACUUCAUUCGGCUUCGAAUCCCGGGCCUUUGUUCUGCAACACGCGCUUGUCCUUCCAGUCCUCUCGAGAGGCUGCAGAAGCCACGGAAGGCUGUUGCAAGGUUUCCACUGCUGGCUUAAGCCUUGUGUGGGCUGCUGCCGAUCUGCCAAGCAUGGGUGCAGCGGCGAGACUCCACAAAAGGUCAAUCUCCAACAAAACGCCCGGCUUCUAUGAUAUUCUGAUUGGGCACACCGGCCAAAGACAAGGGCUGCGCAACGAUCAAGGUCGCCGAAAGGACCAGCAGGCAGCGCAUCACAGCUGGGCCUGGCGCCUGCGGCACUGCCAUCAUCUGCGGUGUGUUGUCAAGUCAAAGUUUAAACAUCCUGUACGCUUUGAGGUGUCGCCGCUGUGCAAGAAGUUGAUGGUGGAGGAUGCGCUGCAAAGCAUUUGGUGCAUUCUCGGGUCUGGAGAGGCCCUGGCAGACUGGCUCGCCUCUGACAGCCCAAAAGAAGGCGUCGCUGAGCACGAUGGCGAUCGCCUGGGAAGGAAGCGACGACGACUCUCUUCUGCGCCGAAAACAUCGGUUGAGGCUGAUGCAGCACCGGUUCGCUUUCCAACGUAUGCAUGGUUCAAGGAGGCUGCAAGCUGUCCAGCCUAUCAAUCCUCGAGGAGCUCCUUUCACUCUGUGGAGCCCUUUAUGCAUUGGGCUCGAAAGCACAAACUGGCUUCCAUGAACAACACACCUGGUGUGGAUGCGUUUGAAGUGCAAUCGGCACUUGACCCCUCGCAGCUGGCAGACUCCGAAUUGUUUCUUGCUCACUGGCCAGUGGCCGCAAAAUCUGACGUUGAUUGUUGCAUGCCAGACCCGUCG